CAGUCACCCCAGUCACCCUCUUCUUUGGUCAUGUGAGCGUGCAUGGAAUGGAAUGGAGUUGAAGCAAAGCAAAGCAAAAAGAAACGAAACGUCAGUCAGUUGCUCGCGUGAUGCAUCCAUAUCGUCAUCUUUGAACUGAACUAUCAACACCCGACCUUAUAAUGAAUGUUGAGGAUUUGUACUGGUUUUCAUUUAUCCUGAUUACCCUGGUGGGAUUUUAUACCUUCAAACUGCUCACCAAAAAUCGCAGCUUCUUCAGCAUACGGGGAGUGCCGCACGAAAAACCUCACCUCCUCUAUGGGAACCAGAACGAUACGAGCGGCAAACUUUCGGCCCUGGAGCACGUGCACAGCUUUUAUAAAAAGUUUGCCGAUCACAAGCUUUUCGGUUUCCAUCAGUAUCAAUCGCCAGUAUUCUACAUCCGUGAUCCCGACCUGAUUGGUAAACUGUGGGACGAAAAACACGACCACUUUGAGAACCAUGGUUACUUUUUAGACCAAAGUAAAGACGCUAUCUUGGGUAAUCAGUUGCAUUUACUCAAGGGUGAGAAAUGGAAACGCAUGAGAGGCACUUUAAGCCCAACGUUAGACAAAUCUAGUGUUGGAAAGAUGCACUCAUUGGUGCAAUCUAAUGUUAACCAUUUUUUGGACUAUCUCGGCUCGCUCGCGGUUGGAGUCGAAUAUGACUUUAAGCCGAUAAUUUUUCAGCACGUUUUUAACGUUUAUACUUCCAGUUCCUCAGGAUUGAAAAUAGAUUCUUUCCACGAUGAUUCCUACAUGUGUAGGGAAAUAAGCACAAACAUCUUGUACGGAAACGUCGCUUCGCAAACUUUGAAAACCUUUUUAUUUUACUUGUUUCCGUCGAUUAUGAAAAAGAUGAAUGUUCAACUAAUGAGUGAAGCACAAACUAAAUUUCUAUUAAAAAUGCUGAGAAAAAGUACUGAAGAACAAGAUUCUGACAGAUCAGAUUUUCUCACUCAACUCAUCACGGCUUCUUCUGAUAAAAACUGGAAUCAUGAAGAGUUGAUCGCACAGCUGUUAACGUUCUACGGAAUCGGAUACGAUAAAAUGGUCAAUUUGCUAUGCUUCUGUGUGGCUGAACUCGCCAUUAAUCAGUCUGUUCAGCAAAAGCUGCUGGAUGAGACCAAAAGUUUCAGUAAAGGUAACAUUCCACUAACCUACGAUAGCGUUAACAAAAUGCCAUAUUUGGAAAUGGUUGUGCAAGAGACCCUGCGCAAAUGGCCUGUAUCGCCUUCGUUGGAUCGAACGUGUUCAAAAGAUUACCAGCUGAUUGAUGGUGACCUAAAGGUUCAAUUUAGGCGUGGUGAUACAGUAAUGGUAUCAGUUUGGGCUUUACAUAGAGACGAGCAACUUUUCCCCAACCCUGACGAGUUCAAUCCAGAACGUUUCGAUGAAUCAGUAAAAGCCAACAUAAGACCAAACACGUUUAUACCCUUCGGAAUUGGUCCUAGAAAUUGUAUAGGAAUGCAUUUUGCACUUUUUGCGGUCAAGUUAACUCUGGUGGAAUUAGUACGAAAGUUUGAACUUAUCCCUGGUUCAAAGAUGGCACAACCAAUCCGCCUUGCUAAAACGGCAGCUUCGUUAGAACCGGAAGGUGGUUUCUGGAUACAGUUCAAUAAACGUGAAGCUAGAAGCUAGUCCAAUGAAAAAAAGUAAAAUAGUUCCGUGCGAGUUGAUAAGCAUGAGUUCAAUAAUAUUUAGUUUCAAACAUGUUUUUUUUUUAUUGAAAAUCCUUGUGCAAUUUUUUAGUUUAGUUUUAUGAUGAAAAGUGAAUGUGGUGUGAUUCCGGAAUAAAGUAUUACCGUGCGUACGGAUCAAAAUACAAAUCAGAGUACCGCAAAGUUACCUACCGUUAGGCUUAGCAGAAUCAAAUAUAGAAAAGCAAACCAUACCCAAUUUUUAUUUCAAAAUCG